CGAGUUUCAGUAGCUAUGGAGCUGAUACCAUUUCUAUGUUUGCUGUUCACAAGCAUCAUAUUAGCAUACGCGACUCAGAAUGACUGUGACCUCAAUAUCGACGGCACAUGCUUCUUUAUGCCCGAUGAAACACGGGGAUGGAAUGAAGCUCGUGCUGAAUGUCAGCAACGCGGUGGUGACUUGGCUGUCCUGGAGAAGGUGAAUGUACAGAGAGCCGUCAACAAACUUGCCAGAAGAGAUGUGGAAAUUUGGAUCGGUUUACGGGACCUGGCACUUGAUGGUCAGCCAUGUUGGAUUGAUUCAGAAAUAAUUUAUAACAUCAAUAAAGCUUAUCCUUGGGCAGCAUCUGACGGAAACACGGAUGACAAGGACUGCGUUUUAGCUGCGAAAAGCCCAAAACACGUGCUUGAGUGGCGGUAUGAAAGCUGUGAUGAUGAACACAAUUACUUGUGCGAAAUUAUGGGAUCGGACGAUAACUAUGCAUUGAACUUGAUUAACGAAGAAAAAAAUAAAAUCGAGUCUGCAAGACAGGUUGAGUUAGAAAGACCAGUGACGAAGAUUUUAGAAAUCAAUACCGGUUUAGAUCUAUUCGAAGCUGACAUCAAACUGAACGACGAUGAGAGGCGAAGGAGAGACGAAGGAUUGUCAAUCAUGGAUGAAAAACGUGGUGCGACGUUGAACAGUAACAGGUAUUGGCCUGCUGCAACUGUUCACUAUGUGUUCGACGAUAACUACUAUAAUCCUCUCAGCUAUGCCAGUAAACAGGAAGUGAGGGCCGCCCUGGCUGAUUUGGAAUCUGUAACAUGCUUGAACUUCGUUGAGGGGUAUGCGUAUGACCACAUACGCGUCGUCAAUGAAAACGGAUGCUGGUCAUAUAUCGGCAGGCAAGGAGGAACACAAUAUUUGUCACUACAAGAUUCCUACUCUGCAUCGUGUAUAUUCAGUGGUAUUAUUCAACACGAGUUUUUGCACGCUAUUGGUUUUUGGCAUGAACAAUCUAGACCAGAUCGCGCUAGCUUCGUUACAAUAAACUGGGCAAACAUUUUGCCAGGAGCCGAACACAAUUUCAACACGGAGGCAAUGACAGUUCAGAACACGUAUUACGACUUCGGCUCUGUGAUGCACUACAGUUUAUACGCUUUUGCUAUCGAUAGUAAUAUUAAAACAAUAAUUCCAAAUCAAACACCAGUCAUCACUCCAGGCCAGAUAGUUAGCGUUAGUGUUACAGACGUCGCGGAAGUAAUCGGACUUUAUAAUUGUUAUAUGGUAGUUCACGGAGGAUGGUCUACUUGGAGUUCUUGGUCGAACUGUCCAGUAACAUGCGAUGGUGGCCUACAGACGAGAACACGGCAGUGCAACUACCCUCCACCCUCAGUUAAUCCACCCGGACUACCGUGCAUUGGAGACAGCUUGGAAUAUCGAGAUUGCAUGACAAUACUGUGUCCAUUGGAAAUCGAUUACCAACAUCGAGGUUGCUGGUCUGACAUGUAUUUUCCAUCGCUGUUGGUAACACUUGAAUUGACAGGAAAUCCAUAUUUAGACGGGAACUAUUGGUCGAGAAGCGAACCAGGCAGGAAAUGUGCGAGAGCAGCGGUACAUGCUAACUAUCAAUACUUUGCUAUGAGAUUUGACGGGAGAUGUUAUGCCACCUCGAGUGCAUGGCUGUAUCAAUCCCAGGGUGCAUCAACGGACUGUGUGGAAGGAUUUGGAACGACCAAUGCUAUCGAUGUAUACGAAAUUGAAGAUUGGGUGUGUCCCGAUGGUUCGACUUACUACGGUUUCUGUUACUUGCCGCUCUCAUUUACCCCACACGUCACCAGCUACUGUCCCUCGAGCCACUAUUGUGUGACUAUUGGAGGCACUUCAUACGCCCCCGUGUCGAUAUGCUGUAAACAGGAAAUGUGUAUCGACAACUGUGACGAUUACAUAUAUUCACGCGAUUGCUGGUGUGACACCGCAUGCGUAUACUACGGAGACUGUUGUUUUGAAUAUGCAGAUCAAUGUUCAGGUCAGGACAUCUGCUGGGCGUCAGGUGAUCCACAUUAUUAUACACUUGAUAAUCUCUACUACGACUACCAAGGCGAUUGUGACUACAUCCUAACAAAAAGCAACAACAACGAUUUUUCAGUUACUGUGAACAACGAGUUUCACAAUUCCUACCCGCUUUCAUGGACUAAUGAUAUAAAACUGAAUAUUUAUAAUCACGAAAUACGAUUGCUGCCAUAUAAAUAUGCUACGGUUGAUGGGUCGUUUGUCAAUCCACCUGUGACUGUCACUCAGUUUUUGAAAAUUGAAUUUGCUGGGUAUUGGUUGAUUGUAAGAACAGGUCAUGGAAUGAUUAUAUAUUGGAACGGAUAUUCCACUGUCUAUGUAUAUUUGUCAAACACACUACAAGGAGAUGUAAGUGGUCUGUGUGGUAACUUCAAUGGCAAUCCUUCUGAUGAUUGGACCAAAGCAAACGGAGUAUUGACAUCAUCUGUUAACGAUUUUGGCGACAGUUGGGCAGUGAGUGCAAACUGUGCCCCAGCACCGUCUAAGCGGUCAAUUGAAGAACAUUUUCAACGGAACACUGCCCAGGCAGAAGAAAUCUGCAAUGAGCUUUUUAACUCUGAUAAUAUACCGAGCUGUUCCGUUACACUUCCUGGUUACGAAGAUGUUUUCAAACCCGCUUGUGAAAUGGAUGUGGCAGCCGCUUUACCUGAUGAUGACACUGGUGGAUGUGACCUUGUCGCCAGCUAUGUUGAUAUGUGUCGAGGUGCUGGGGGAGAAAUUGGUAACUGGCGAUCUGGAACAGUGUGUGAAAUUUCAUGCGAAGACGGCAAAGUCUACAAGGCAUGUGGCUCUGCUUGCCCUCCAACAUGCGAGACCCCUGAACCGUUUGGUCCCUGUACGGAAGAUUGUGUAGAAGGUUGUUUCUGUGCAAAUGGUACUAUCAUGGACGAAGGUGGGAUAUGCAAGGCCCAAGAACAAUGUGGGUGCUAUUGGCUAGGCGUACUUUAUAGGUUUGGUGAAGAGAUGCCCAAUAACGAAAUAUGUGCAUGUGAUGAUAUUCCUGAUACUGUGUGUAUUGGUUGCCGACAUUUUGAAAUAAACACCGAUGAAGUGAAUUUUGCGAAAGCAAAGACUAUCUGUCAAUCCCGAGGUGGGAGGCUGGCUAAGCUGGACACACAACCUGUCUUCAAGGAAGUACGCCAAUUUAUGUUUGCGAAUAACUAUGAGGAUGAGGUGUUUACUGGCUUCUGGUUCGGUCUGGAUGAUAUCGACUCUGAAGGAGAAUACGUCUGGUGUGAUGGUACUUCUCUGGACGAGCAACUAUUUACGAAGUGGGGUAACGGUCAACCGAACAACAACGUACAGAAAAACCCGGAUGGUCAGGACUGCGCUCAGUUGUGGGCACACCAUUUAUUGACUUGGGACGAUGAGUACUGUGGUGAUAAGAAGGGAUAUAUCUGUGAAUAUGAUUACUGUCUGGAUGAACAAUAACAAUGAGUAUACUACAUUAAUAACUCGGAAACUCACUUGCAUGCUAAAUAUAUUAUAUAAAUCACAUUGUAACACUUAAAUCAGGUAACCCUAUUCAUCAGGGUUAUUUAUCAUGUAAAAUGUUCGCUCUAUAAUAAAGCUGUGUCAUGAA